CGGACUCCGCGCGGCUGGGAGCGCACGCGAGCUGGCAGGGCCGCGCGGGCAGCGCCCUGAGCCCUCCCGCGCCCGCGGGCCCGGCCGAGCAGGCGAGCGCCGGCGAUGCCCCGGCGGCCCCGCGCGCGCGCAGCGGCAUCCGCGCGGUGAGGGCGGCGGCGCCCGUGGGACCCGCGACUGCCAGGAACUGCUGCCGCCGCCGACCCCCAUGGCCUACACACCGGGCGGGGGUGCCCCAGCACGGGGGGCCGCCCCCGUGGGCUCCCAGUACUGCGUGUGCAAGGUGGAGUUGUCGGUGAGUGGCCAGAACUUGUUGGACCGGGACAUCACCUCCAAGUCUGACCCCUUCUGUGUCCUCUUUACGGAGAACAAUGGCCGGUGGAUCGAGUACGACAGGACAGAGACCGCAGUCAACAACCUCAACCCCGCGUUCUCCAAGAAGUUUGUGCUGGACUACCACUUUGAGGAGGUGCAGAAGCUCCAGUUCGCCCUGUUCGACCAGGACAAGUCCAGCGCGCAGCUCGACGAGCACGACUUCCUGGGCCAGUUCUCCUGCAGCCUGGGCACGAUCGUCUCCAGCAAGAAGAUCACUCGGCCUCUGCUGCUGAUGAAUGACAAGCCUGCGGGGAAGGGCCUGAUUACGAUCGCGGCCCAGGAGCUGUCGGAUAACCGGGUCGUCACACUGAGCCUGGCGGGCAGGAAGCUGGACAAGAAGGAUCUCUUUGGGAAGUCAGACCCAUUUCUCGAGUUUUAUAAGCCAGGAGAUGAUGGCAAGUGGAUGCUGGUCCACAGGACUGAGGUGAUCAAGUACACGCUGGACCCCGUGUGGAAACCGUUCACUGUGCCAUUGGUGUCCCUGUGUGAUGGGGACAUGGAGAAGCCCGUCCAGGUCAUGUGCUACGACUAUGACAACGAUGGAGGCCACGACUUCAUCGGCGAGUUCCAGACCUCAGUGUCACAGAUGUGUGCUGCUCGGGAUGGCGUCCCGCUGGAGUUCGAGUGCAUCAACCCCAAGAAGCAGAAGAAAAAAAAGAACUAUAAAAACUCGGGCAUCAUCAUCCUGCGUUCCUGCAAGAUAAGCCGAGACUACUCCUUCCUGGACUACAUCCUGGGAGGCUGCCAGCUCAUGUUCACCGUUGGGAUAGACUUCACAGCCUCCAACGGGAAUCCCCUUGACCCGUCCUCUUUGCACUAUAUCAACCCCAUGGGCACCAACGAAUACCUGUCAGCCAUCUGGGCUGUCGGGCAGAUCAUCCAGGAUUAUGACAGUGACAAGAUGUUUCCGGCUCUGGGCUUUGGGGCCCAGUUACCCCCAGACUGGAAGGUCUCCCAUGAGUUUGCCAUCAACUUCAACCCCACCAACCCCUUCUGCUCGGGCGUGGACGGCAUCGCCCAGGCGUACUCGGCUUGCCUGCCCCACAUCCGCUUCUACGGUCCCACCAAUUUCUCUCCCAUCGUCAACCACGUGGCCCGGUUUGCGGCCCAGGCCACGCAGCAGCAGACGGCCACGGCCAGGCCCAGUGCCAGUGUUGGAGUCACCAAAGGUCACCUUGCCCCCUCUCCUGCCCUCCACCAGCACCUGCCCUGACCUCACUCUGCCACGUGAGUUGGGGGUCUUCUCCCCCUGCCCCAAGGGCAGUGCCCCAAGUAGCACUUCCCAGGCCCCGUGCCCCGUCCCCUGCAUCAGGCUCGAGCUGAGGCUGCGAUCCCGGCCCCCAGCCCCAGGUGGUGCAACCUGGACUGCCACUGAGACUUGGGUCUGAUUCCCACCCCCUGGGAGACCCCACAAGCCCCUGCCCCUCCCCAGGCUUCCUCCUCUGCAAGGAAGGGGUUGCUGCAUGAAUGCCGAAGUCCCUUCUUGACUGUCCUUUCCACCCUGAAUCCGAGAUAUCACCCCGAACCCGCCCGCUGCCCCGUUGCCCCGGCCACCGCCGGCCCUCACUGGACUGCGCAGCCACCCUCACCGCUCUCGCCCUGCUGCCCGUUCUCCUCCCCAGCCUCUCCCUCCUCAGCGACCUCCUCUCCUUACCCUACGCCUUCCUUCACUGACAACCAUUCCAGACCAUUCUGCCACCCACCUCCCUCCUGUCCCUCAGACGUGCCAAGCUUGCCCCCGCUGAGCCUGUGACCUGCCGUCUCCUCUGCCUGGAGAGUCCUCCUUCGACUCUCUGCCUGGCUGGCUCUGUCCCCUUCCUCAGUGUCCCCUCGAAUGCCAGCCCCAGCGGCCUUCCUUGACCACCCAUCUGAAGUCAAUGCCCCGGCCUUCUCUGUGUAUUCCCGUCUUGACUCUGACGAUGGUGGCCACAUCUCCUUCACAUCCACGUGUCUCCUCUGUUUUGUCUCCCCUGUUGCACUCUCGGCCCUGGGGCCGGGCUGUCACCCCUGCUGGCCUGCACUGGGCCCUCGUCGUGCUCCGGGAAUGGAUGGAUUUAAGUUGGCCCUGCUGUGGGCAGUGCGCUGUGCAAGGCUCAGGAGGCGGAGGAGGGGCUCAGUUAGGGCCUCUCCCAAAGGGAAAGGGACCUGCUCCCGUUGGGACCACCCAGAGGAGGGAGGCUCCCACCUGGUCACGAGGCAGGUGGAGGUGGGCUUCCCGGAGGGGGCGGCAAAGAUGGAAGGGGGGGUCAUGAGAGGGAGAGAAGAGGACAGCAGGGCUGGCCUGGGGAGGGCAGGACAGCAGGACAUGGUCUGGUGUUCGGGAGGCCGCAGAGGAGGGUCUGUGAGGAGGGGGUCCUGGGGCCAGAGUUUAAAUGCUGCCCCCGUCCCUUCCUUACUGUGUGAUGUGGGUAAAUCACUUAACUUCUCUGAACCCGUUUGCUUGUUUGUCCAAUGGGAAUACUAAUAGGCCCUACCUGGAGGAGGUGGCGUUAGGAUGAGAUGAGCUAACGCAACACCUGGCACCCCGAGAGACCUGAAGCCCAAGAGAGGACCGUGGCACAGGUUCUGGGACGAGCCCCUGGCAGAGGGGACACAGGCGCCAGGGACCAGGAACCAGCAGGGGGGGCACCCAGUGUGCGGUCGAAAGGAAGGCAGGCGGUGGUCUCUGCUGCGGGGAGCGCCAUCCCCUCUGGGCCAGCCUGGUCGUGGCGCUGCGCUGCGGGCCUGAGACAAGCCACCUUCUGGGCUGAGGCCUUUAUCAAAUAGGAGCAGUAAAGCCCCAGGGGCGGGGAGGGUCCGGGCCACCAGAGUGGGACAGCCACCGGACAGGCCUGUGAGUGGCUUCUUUUUAAUUCCUGGGGGCGGGGCCAGGGCUGGUAGGAGAGGGCGGAGGAGAGGCAGCCCUUCAGCCUGCACCCCAUUUGGAUCCCAUGGGCAGCCAGGCCAUUGUCCCGCCCAGUCUGGUCUGGGCCUGAGCCAGCUUUCAAAGGGAUGGAGACAAGGCCUGCAUUCUUGUGGAGGGCAGGGAAUGGGCAGGCUCAGGAAUGAAGCCCCGUGGGGCAGGGCUCUCUCACCUGCUGGUCGGGCAGGACUGGGCAGGAGAUGGGGUGUGGGGGAGAAGGGGGCUUUGCAUGCUGGAUCCUGGUCUGCAGGGGGCUUGGACCCCAGGGGAGGCCAGGAAGGGUGUCUGAGCUCUGGGGAACAACUGCUGAGGGCCCCCCAGAGGGGAGAACUUGGCGCUUCCUGUGACCAGUCCUCAUCCUUUCCACACCCCGGGCCACUUAUCAUGGCCUGGUCCUCCCAACCUGGGGAGGUGGGCUCCUCCUGGCUCCCCUCCUUCAGGAAGCAUUGUCACCCACCCCAGCUGAGUGACCUUGGGCCAUCUGCAAGCAUCUCUGGGCUGCAGGAGCAGGGCUAGGCAGUCUCUAUUGGCCCCUCCCACUCUGAUGUCCAAGAAGACACAGCCGCUUCUCCACCUCCUGCCUCUCUUUACUCCAUGCUACCUCUCACUGUGCACCGAAGGUGGAGCUGCCCGGUGGUGCAGCCUCAAGCUCCCGAGGCCCAUCAACCUGGUUCAAACCCUGGUUCCCCGACUUCCUGGCUGCGUGGCCCAGGGCAGGUUGCUUAAGCUCUUUGAAUCUCAGUCUCCUCACCUGUACAAUGGGCAUGAUGGAACAGUAGCUGCCUCAAGGAACGUUGUGAGGAUUCAACCAGAUCAGCAUGUAGAUUGCUCCGCACAGUGCCUGGCACACAGUAAGCACUCAAUAAAUGUGGGUGGCUGAAUCUUCCAGGGACACCUCUUGGGCCAGCGUUUGGUGGCGCUGAGCACAUUUAGGCCCAAGGCAAAAGGAGAUAAUAUAUGGAUUAACUGGCGCUUUUGUGCAGCUGCUUUUGGGGGAACACUUGGUGUGGCUUCACCCUCCCUGUCCGGAGACACCUGCAUGUGCGUCCACACCCAUGUGCAGGAAAUUGAGAGCGGGGGCGAGCAUCUCUUCAGGCAGGCCCGCGCCCUCCAGUUCGUUCACACAGCACGUCUUUACCGAACGUAUUCUCCGCAGCACUGGAGACCAGGAUGCGCACAGUAUGCCUCUGCCCUCUCAGCCCGCAGCCCAGGGGGAGCCAGGCCGGAAAUGGCAGCUGUGACGCCGCGCAAUUAAACCAGGCUGAGACUCGGAGGAUGCUUAAGAGUUAGUCUCGUGAAGUGUAUGCGUGCACAUGCAUGAGUGUAUGUGGGUGUGCGUGGAGUGUCCCAGGCAGAGGGAACCGUGUAUCCAAGGCCUGGAGGCAUGGCUUGUGGGCGUAACUGGAGGAAGGAGUGUGGUGUCAGAGGGGCGUGGGGUAGAUGAGGUUGAAAAGGUAGGCCGGCUCCCGCAGGGCCCUGGAAGCCAGUGAGGAAUCUGGAUUUUCUCUUGAGGGCAGUGGGGAGCCACUGAAGGACAUUAAGAGGUUCCGGGGGGCCAGGGGACUCCCAUGAUGGGGCCUUCAUCCUUCCCUCUGCUCUGGCCCACAAGACCUGGGCCUUGCUGUCUGUGGCCCACUCCUGGUUGGCCACCUAGGCGUCUGGUGUCCCAGUGGAGGGGAGCAGGGAAGCAGCCAGGACCCUGGGAAUGUCCCCCACCCUCCGCCCGACCCCCAGGGUGCUUGCAGCCAGCUUCUCAGAAAUAAGCCAGGGAGUGAGUGCAGCUUCCCCGACUCUGCCUGGAACUGCUGUGGUCAAGUCAGUUUCUGGUAAAUCCAAUCACACGUUAAAUGCAUUAGGGGAAGCAGCUACUUUCAGCCCUAGAAACCUGAAGAACCUCUGCGUACAGGCCAGAGAUACUCCAUCCUGGAAAUGUGUUGGGAGUUUGGGUUUUUGCUUCCACCUGCCAGUGAUUGGCUGCGUUUCUGGAGUAUGGACAGGGCGUCAGGGCCGUGAGAAGCGGAAGAGGGUGCCAGGGCCGACCCAAGGAGUUGUCGGGGUGUAGGGGGAGACGGCGGUGUCCAGACGAGCCCUCCCCGAGGCGGGAUUCUGGCAGUAGGAGCAGAGCUUAGGCUGGGGAGAGCCUCCACGUCUGCCUGGGACGGAGGAGCUCAGAUGAGUGGAAGCUGUGGCUGGGAAGGGGGUGCCAGGCAGAAGGAAGUAAAGGGGGGAAGGUGUGGAGGUGGGAAGGCGUGGGGUGAGGUGGACCAGGACUGUGGGUGGGGACGGCAGACCCCCUCCCACCUCCUGCCUGAUUCCACCCUUCAGUGUCCCCGUCCACAGCCCCUCCCACCUCCCCUCUAAACUGUCUUGGGGGGUGGGCCGUGGACCCCUGGGUUGUAACAGAGCUUAGAGGCUCUUGGUCAACCUCGGCUCCACCCAGGAUGGGCAGCUGCACUUCCACUGCCCAGGCUGCUGACCCAAGACUGGGCACGUGGCGGUGGGCGUGUGUUGGCUGGCUGCACACAGGAGCAAGGGUUACUGUCCAGCACGAUGGGUCUGGGCUGCCCUGCUGGACACUCAGGCCUUCCGACAUUGGGUGCUGGGUGACAGGUUGUGGAAAGCGCCCGGUGCGGGGCCCCACUAUUGGAGAGACAGCUGCAGGCCACGGAUGCCACGGGCGGUGAGGAGGACACUGUGGAAAGAGCCCCGACUUUGGAGUCAGCCGGGCUUGGGUUUGAAUCUAGACUCUGCCAUUCCUGGCUGUGAGGCCUUGAGCAGGCCACUGAGCCUCUCUCAGCCCGUCUCCUCAUCUCUACAAGGAGAACCACAAUGUGAGGGUGACAGGGAGCAUCUGUCUGCUCACCGUCACUGUGUGUUAUCAGAGACUUCCUUGCCCUGUCACUUGGUGCCCCCAGGCACUGCAGGCCCUGUCUGCUCCCACCUCCCUGGGGAGGAAGGCGCCAAGGCUGGGAGGCAGGCCCAGGCGGGGCUCUCCACGUCUCCUAGUGUAGGCGCCUGGCUGACUGAAAGGAGAGAGCCAAGAGGGCUGUGAGGAGAGGGGAGACCGUCCCACCCACUGAGGGUGAGGCUGCUGACCACGCCAAGCGUUCUUUCCUUUCCUCAUGCCAGGCAUCUCUCAGUGCCUUCCUUCCUGCCAGCUUAGGUGUCUUGGACAUACUGCCCUGGACUACUUCUGGUGGGAUGGAAGUGGGGUUUGAGGACCACUUAGGGAAGGGGUGCUGGGACGAUGCUGGGCUGUGGGGGGACGAGGGUCUGGAUGGCUUAUGAGGCCCUCCCAACCCCAGGGAUGGGGGCCUGGCGGCAGCAGCCCUCCAGUACAGGGAUUCAGGCCGCCGUCUCCAUAGCAACAGGUAUCCCCAGCCAAGGGAUUGGUCUCUUAAAGGCACAGUGCAGGCAGAGCUGGACUGCUGCUGCCCGGCGCUGGGGGUUAGGGUGGUGGAGUCUAUGCCGCCAUGAAGCUCACCUCAUUGCUUUUGUCCACAGUUGUGCUUGGGGGACAGGCAGGAGAGCGAGGCAUCCUAGGGGGCUUCACUUGUGUCUUCUGUGUGUUCCGCAGGGAGCAGAUGGGUGAGAUGGUAGCCAAGUGCUGACCUGGGGUCUGGCUUGGUCCUGCCCUCCUUAGCUCCCUGACCUUGACUAGUCUGGGCCCCAAAUUCUUCUCCCGAGAAUCAGAAGGGUCAGACUAGAAGGCAAAAGCCCCAAACAGAGAAUAUGAGGCUACAAGAGCUUUUCUGGUUUUUUAUGGGUGGGGAAAACUGAGUUCCUCAAAAAGGGGAUACAGGAUGCUAAGGACAGAGCUGAGGUGUAACUGAGGUCUCGGCCAGCUUCACAUCCCGGGUCUCUGCCCACAGGAUUGUCCAGGGAGCUCUCCUGAACUUCACUCCCUCACCCCACCUUUGCAGUUUAUACUACAGCCACCUAUCGCCCACAGUAAUUAUUCAGUUCUUUUCUUAAUUUGAUAAAGAAAGUUUAUAACCCACUGUGAGUGAAAAGUCAGUUAUCACUUGCUAUAAAUAGAAAAUAACAAUAAAAAUAAAUACAUCAAACUGUACAAGAUAUUUAAGCCUAGAGACUGUCGCCCCUGAACUCUGAGUGUCCCGCCCUCUCUCUUGAAUAAGGACGGGUAGGGAUGUCAGAGAGGCGUAAAGACACACCAGCACCAGACUCCCGGGCGGUCUGCAGAAUGGAAGAACUGUGCAAACCAGGCCCCUUCCCGCCAGGACUCGAGGCUGCGUCUCGUGUGUGACCCCACGUCCACUCUCUACUGGCAGAAUUCUACAGCCCCAGAAGCACUGGCCUAGCUGACCUGCUUAGCUCCUGCCAGGCCUCUCAGAGGCCGUGCUCGCAGGGACAGUAGGGUCGCAGAGCAGGAUGGCAGGCCUCCAUGCACUGGGGGCAGAGGGGAGGCUGCUCCCGGGCUCCACUGGCCAGAACGCAUCUCCCUCCCCAGCCGUGGCCUGACUGCACAGAUGCAGCUGUCCAUUAGCGCCACGGCCACGCGGCAGGCGUGUUCUCUUUUGAGAGGUGCAGCCACUCUCACUGUGCAGGGGAGGAAACUGAGGCACAGCGAGUUGCCCAGAGUCCCACAGUGUGGCGACUGGCAGAGCCCGGCCGAAUGCAGGGCCCUCAGCCCCGAGCUGGGGUGUCUGAGAUGGCAGAUACGGUGGAGGACGAGGGCACUGGGUGCUUCGGGCUGCGACCAGGUCAGGGUGUAGAUGGAGGAGAGGCUGGCGGGGGCCGAGGCAGUGGGGAAGGUGGCCGGGAUUUGGCUACAGUUAGGGAAGAAGAGCCACCUUCCUCGCAGGAGCCAGAGGGUGUGGGCUGGGAGAGGGGGCGGGGAGAGGGGCGCUGUGCUGAGGCCCCGGCUGCCUGG